AUGACGCGACAAAGCAGUCUCACGGUUUUGUCGGAAAUUAUUGAAUUGCAGAAUUCUCCCAAACCACUCCCAGAAAUAGAGCCCCAAAUUAAGGAAUGCUUAUCCAAGUUUUCGUUCUUGCUGGUCCUGACCUCUAAUGACGCCACUGAAAGGCAAAUGCUCGCCAACUCGCUUUCGAUAUGGACCAAGAUCAAUGAGGCCAUACAGGUGUACAUGGAAAACACCCGCAAGGACCCGCAAACCACGAGAACGCCGCUGGUAUGUUAUCGCACACGACUUAUCAGGGGUGUGAUUCUUUUCGCUAGGAACCUGAUUGUCGGGCUGCGGAGCCUGCUUCUGUACAGUGAUGCCGAGCGCGCGGACUUCUACUCCCGUAUGGGGCUCAGAAACAAGGACAUCUCUGGAGAUUUGCUGAUAGAGUCUCUCUAUGUCAAUCACAGCAACAACAUCAUACCACUGUGUCUCACGUUUCUGGACAUAAUCAAAGAGCUCGAGGAGAGCGGCUGUCCUGAGUUUGUUGACGUCUACUACAAUGCAAUGGUAGCCUGUUUUGAGUAUCUUAGCAACAUCACCAACAUCAGCGCAGAGCUUAAGAAAAGCGUGACUCCGGACUACAAUGCUGACGCGCUUCUGGACUUUCUGGCAGCGCUGCCCAAUUAUUGGGACGUCUUUGCCAGACUGGACAUUAUCGAGACUAACCUGUUGCUCUGUGUGUUUGUCUACUUCAGAAACCUAUUCAGCGAUGACGAGCUGCUUUCGAGAAUUUUUCAUGACCAUCCGCUGGCCAUUGUAAAUCUCGUGGGCACCUGCCUUUUGAGACUCAUGCCGUCUGUGCGCAACAAUGAGAAGUUUACUGAAAAGCAGCUCGAACAGCUGGAGAUUGUCUCUCUCAGCAUGUAUGUGAACAUGGUCUCACACGAAGGACUGGGGACUUUCCUCAUAGAGGCGGCCAAGUCUGGAAACGACGAACAAACAAUUGUGGAGUUACUCCGAAUGUUUCAAAUAAUACUCACCAGUAAAGAGAAUGGCUGGGACAAGCUCAAGCUGGUGAACAUCGUGGCUUGGCUUAUGGACUACUUCAAAUUCGCAGCCAAGGAAGCUGGUGCACUUCUUGAGAAGAAAGAACUGGACGACGACGAGAAGGAAAGAUUGAGCCGUCUCCACCUGCAGGUCAUAUCAGUGCUGGACAGUCUUUCGAGUCUCACGCAAUACGACGAAGUGCGCCAAAUGCUCAACCAUUACCACUUUCUAUCAGAUUUGAUAUCUUUUUUCAAAGUGGUGGAACGGAACACAUUCAAGAAAAAGCUCAAAGAGGACUGCGCACCGCCACAUACGAAACCCUUUCCUCAGGUCAAGCUGAUUAUUGUGGAGAUCAUCACCGCGCUGGUGUAUGAGAACUUCGAAAACCAAGAAUUUAUGCGCGAUGUUCAUGGCCUGGAAUUGAUACUCAACAACUGUAAUCUGGACGCUCAUGAACCGUUUAUUAAAGAGCGAGCUAUUUUGUGCAUUAAAUACCUACUGCUGGACAACCCCCGCAACCAGGAGUUUGUUGCGAAGCUGGAAGCCAAGGGCACUUCCAUCGAUUCGAAAAACGAGGCGAUCUUGGAACAGGCUGGUUUUGAGGUCAAUAUCGAGGAUGGAAAAGUCAAGCUGAAGAAGACAGGAAGACUCACAGAGCUAGAGCAGUUUGCUUCCAGUUCGUAG